AGCGUCUAGGAAACGCUGGAUUUUGAAGCGUAUUUGAAACGCAUUGUAUGCGCCAUUUUUGGAAAAUUUACAUGGUCAACCAAUCCAUGUAAUCAUGAAUUUAGUGAGAUUUUUGAUGAAACUCAGUCAUGAAACAGUGACGAUAGAGCUGAAAAAUGGAACACAAGUCCAUGGGACGAUAACAGGAGUGGACAUCAGUAUGAACACACAUUUGAAGGCAGUUAAAAUGACGUUGAAGAACAAAGACCCUGUACAGAUUGACUCUCUGAGUAUCCGUGGAAACAAUGUGCGUUACUUCAUCCUCCCCGACAGCCUCCCAUUAGACACACUUCUCAUUGACGACACACCCAAGACAAAGGCAAAGAAAAGCAGGGAUGCAGCUGGUAUGAGCCGCGGCCGUGGUCGUGGACGUGGAGGUGGCCGUGGAAGUCGAGGCAGCAGUGGCCGUGGAGGCAGGGGGCGUGGUCGCAGGUAGACGACGGCAUUCCAUCUGUGUUGUUCUGGUUCGAGAGUGACAUCAGUCCAUUGCAAUAUGUGUUGUACAUGUUCUAUGUGGAGGUGGACAGACUAGUGACAAGACUUUUGAAAUCUCCACAGGAAACAGUUUAGACACCAGCUGUUGAGGUGCUACUACUCGGAUAAAGUUUGACAUUCUUGCAUUGCUAGUAAGUUGCUGGGCCAUAUGCUGAAUAUUGGAUUUUUUUCAAGGCUUUAGAGUAAUAGAAAUCCUUGUAUAAUAAUCCUGUUUCUGAUUAUUUUUCAAAAUUUAUAUCUCGUAGAUAAUGGGGGGGGGGGGGACCAUUUUAUAUACUUCAAAUUAUCUGAGAAAAAUGGAACUCAACUGUUAAACAGCAUAUAGGCUAUUUGUGGAUUCAAGUGGUGUUGGAUUAUCAAGAGAAUGGAAGUGAUUUUGGAGACAAUCCAGAACCCAUGAAAAGCAAACCAUCAGUUACCUUUGAUCAAAACUCACCUGGAAGGAUUACGAGCUGAUGGACGAGUUACAUAUAAUUACAAGUAGGUGUGACGUAGACUUCAAAAGUCGGAGCGACAGUACAGAUGAUAAACAGAAUCACUUUUUACUACACAUAAUACUACAUACAUCAUGUUUUCAGUACAUCCUCAUCUCAUGUCAUUGUUUCAUGAUAAUAAAUCAUACAAAUUUAAAAGUCAA